CAGCACCAGCACCAGCAGCAACAAGAGAAGCUCUCGCGAGUGGCCACGGAGACGGAGAUCGGAGAAAGAGAGCGGUCGUCGGCGUGAGAAAGAAGCUGUCUGUAAUUACUCGCGUGCUUGCGUCGUCGCCCAGAGCCAAAGCGGGGAGAGAAUGCCGACGUCGUCGAACGGGGCUUCGACAUGAGGGGCGAAUCAGUCGGCGGCUGGCCGGCUCAGGGCCGUCGGUAGCCGACGAGCCGAGCGAGACCUGUUGCGGCGGCGGCGGCCCCGUCAUCAUCACCAGCAGCAGCAGGUGCGUCGGCAGCCUCCGGACUGGUGGACCGCCACUGCUUGCUCAAGAUGUCGCGCACGGCCGAAUGCCGAAAGUUCUCGCCGAACAUCUUCAACAAGACCAAGUGCGCCAACUGCUUCAAGCAGCGCGAGGAGCACUCGGCCGAGGCCUUGGAGUCCAACAGGGCAAGCAGGAAGGUGUCCAAGUGCGGCUAUCUGUUCGUGGCGCCCGGCUGGGACUUUUCUGAUCCGAUCAACAGAACCAAGCGAUGGCAGCGAAGGUGGUUCGUACUCUACAACGACGGCGAAUUCACUUACUCUGUCGACGAGCACCCGGAGACUGUGCCGCAAUGCAUCAUCGACAUGAACUGCGUGCUGGAGGUGACCCCAGCCGAGGACAUCACCGGCCACCCUCACAGCAUCGCUCUCACCACCCCGGAGGGCGUGCAUUUUGUCAAGGGGAUGGGUUCGGAGGAGUCGCGCCUUUGGUGCGACGUACUCUCGGUUUUCAUCAGGUCAAAGCCUCGGCACAAGAGGAACGCGACUUUCCCUUGUGGCAAGUCAACCACAAUGAUCCACCAGCCGCCUCGGAUCGUGUCUGUCACGGAGAAGUCUCGCAUGGCGACCAGACCUCGCUUCAAUAGCUGUCAUACGGAUAUUGGAUGCCGCGUCUCAGAGGGUGCUGAAACCGUGAUACCUUCUUAUAACUCCGAAGUCUUCGCUCCACAACCCACAUUGCUCACUCCAGAUUACGAGGAUCAGCCAGCGUCAUCUGAUAGUCCUCCCACUAGAGAUAAGUUGCAAACAGAGUGCAAAACUCGCUACCGCAGGGCCAUGGCCAGAGAAAAGAGGGCUUGGAAGACUGAUCUUGCCACUUCGGCGCUCAAGGAGGAUGACUCCCCCGCUGCUCACACGGCGCGACACUUGUUGCUUGACGAUGAAACGAGACGAGGCGAAAAGUUAAAGGACAUCGCUGACUGCAUUACGUGGCCACGCAGACCGUCCAGUCUGCCGAUUGCGCCAAAGGGUGUGAUUGAACCCACCAGAGACAACCACAAAGACAACUCUGACCUCCACAACUCGUCAUUUGCCGCCGAAACCUCUGUUCGGAGCGAGCCAGACGGAGUAGACUACUCCAUGAGCAGUUACGCCUCUGGGGCUUCUGCGAAUUCAUCAGCUGAGCUGAGAGUAGAGCUGCCCGCGGAGGACCUAUUGCACCUGAAAAAGGGCUGGCUUAUGCAGCAAGGCCCUGACAAAAGCUGGGGAAAACACUGGUUCGUCCUUCGAGGAUCAGCCUUGAUGUAUUACAGAGACCCAAGCACGGAGGAUAAUGGCAUCUUGGAUGGCGUCAUCGACCUUGGCAUGGUGCGAAGUGUUAAUGAAGUCAUGGAGGCCAGAAAUUACGGAUUCAAAAUUAUUAUGUGGGAUGACAAGGAGGUGGUCCUCUCAGCCCUGACGGCCAACAUCCGAGCCAACUGGCUGCAAGCUCUUCGGCGCGCUGCCGGUUUGGCUCAGCCCAUUGCUUCAGUCCUUAGUCCAACAAACUCGGAGUUCAGAACUCCAACAGGAGAAGAACCACCACCUCUAUUGCAAUCUAGCUCCAGGGCAGCCCUUGGCUCGAAACUAGAAAGACAGCUCGAGUCAUCCACUAGCUCAUUUUGUCCCGUGCCAAAGCCCAGGCUGCCAGAGAGCAGUCUGCUGUCUUCGGACGAGGAAUACCGCACUGCUUCUUCUGAGACGUCCACAGAGGUCAUCGGUUUGUGGGCUGAGCCUGAAGAUGAGACUGUGGCUGUCCCGUUCCCGUCCUCCUCGCCACCUCUCAAUAGAACGCCCAUUUCAAAGGUCAAGGAAAGGGCAAGAAAUCGAGUUGCCCGACGUUCGCGGACUUCCCCACCUCUGCUUGGCUCACGAGGGACUCGAAGACGAACUCUCCCGUUAGAAUCUUCCACCAUGUAUGAAAAUGGAUCCGCGGCCCCACCUGCGUCUAACUCUACUUCAGUGAUAAGUCCAAUCUCUCCGAUUCUUCCACGCGUUUCAAAUUACAAGUCAAAAUCCCGCCAAAAUGAUAACGUUUUUGAAGCAAGACUGCAAGCUCUUGAAAAUCAGCUCAAGGACACAAUGACCCUGCUUGACUCAAAAGAAAAAGAGCUAACGCAGAAGACCAUUGAGCUGAAUGACCUGCAGGUCAUGUCACAGAAAUAUCAAAAUCUAAGGCAAGAACAUGACUCCUUAUGUAAGGAGUGGAGGGAUAGAAAGGUUUCAGAAGAGCGCUGGAGACACAACUACCAACAAUCACAAGCUAGUUUGGUGUCUGAAAGGCUGGAGCACCAAAUUGCUAUAGAGAAACUGCAAGAGGAGAACGAUAAAAAGGUGAAAAGACUGAAAGUGGAGAUUUCCAGUCUCAAUCAGGAGCUCGAGAGCAUAAAACAAAAGCUACAGAAAGAGAUUGAAGACAACAGCUUGAGCUCAAAGCUGAAGGAAAUCAAGGCCAGUCCAACAUCAACGCCGCCCAUGCGCAGGUGUUUCAGCCAAAGGUCUCUGUCCAAGGUGGAUUCGCUCAGCGACCUUGCGAGCAGCACCAGCCUGUUUGACUUAUCUGAGGUCACCCUUUGGGACAGGGAAAAACUGCAGGAAGAGUAUACAGACACUCUGAGGAAGCUGCAGGUUGCCAUGAAUGAAAUCCACGCGGCCAGGAAGGAAGUGAGAAGCUCUCAGUCUGAAUGCGACAAAAUGGAGCUUCAGUGUGUGGCCAUCAGACAGGCGGCGCAGCAAAAGGCUGAAGAAGACCAGGCCAGGGCCACUCUACUGGCCAGAAGGGUUGACGACUUGACCACAAAAUUGUCUUCAGCGGAACGGCAGCUGAGACAACUACCACCAAGCAUUGGCUCUCCGCAGCUGUCCAAAUUUUCACGUGCCUCAGAGAAGCGCCGUUCGCUGUCUCUCAAGGGCAGAGAUUCGAUGCGCGAAAAAUUCACCGACCAGGACAAAGCUAGUCUGAUGCAACAAAAAUCUGCCUCUACAGACCAAAUCUCGAUGGCUGGCAUCUCUGAAAGCUCUCGCUACGCUAAGAAACUUGAGGCCUUGUGUCUGGAGAACAAAAUGAGCCCCCGAUUGCCAAGAAAGAGUUCCAGGAGGAAGUCAGAUCUGGGACCACUCUUGCACCAGAACCCACCGCAGUCCCCACCUCCUCAGAAGAAGGCUAAAGCCCACCGCCGGAAAUCUCUAGAUAAUGCGUGUCUUGAGCUCUUGCUGCGACUGAAGAUGGUUGGGCCCAAGUUUCCACAUGUGGAGGAAAAUCCGCAACUGGAAGGGUUGCACAUGAUUGUGCCUGAAGUGUUUGACCUCGAUGGAAGCCAGACGCCUUCUUCGUCAACAGCCUCUGUAUCGCAAAGCACAGAAAACAUCUCCAGAGACUCCAUGCUGGCUUCUCAAAAAUUGGUUAAUCAGCUUUACGACAUAAUAUCAAUGAAGCCUCAACUCGAGGCUUGUGAAGCGGAAGGCGGCGACUCUUUCAUAUCCCAGAGCACGCCCAAUGAGGUUAUGCAGAUUGCCGCAGUCAGUGUCUUUUCCUCUCUGCUCAGACAGUGCAUGGCCUUGGAAGUUCAAGACAGCAGCAGUAAAAUAUCCAAGAUUUUCAACAGCCUGAGUCUGAAUGACACGCGGAUUGCGGAGCUGAGAGAUCUGAAAGACAGGCUAGAGAAGGCUAAGGAUGCAUUCCUUGACGAUUGGGAACUAAUUUCUGCACACCACAAAGCAAAGGACAAGCAGCUGCAGGAGGUUGUCGAAAUUUUAGAGCAGAGAUUAGGAUCUGUGGGCGAGUAUUCCAGCCAAAUGGCCAGCGUCAGGGCUGCAUACCAGAUUGCCCUGGAUAAAGAGGCUAACCAGUCUGGCACCGAAUGUGAUAAGCACAAGGCUCAAAUUCAGCAGUUGGCUGGAAUCUGUGUCAAGGGGUUGGUGGCCAUGGAAAAAUCUCACAACAUGAUUUUAACGGAACUCCGACAGCAACAUGAGCAGAGAGUGGAAAUGCUUAAGCAAGAAAAAGACCAAGCUCUUGCUGAGGAAACCCGCGCCACUUUGACUGCUUUGGAGGCGAUGAGGAAAGCCCACGAGGCUGAAGUGAGGAAGGAAAAUGAGAAGUUCAAGGCCCAGUAUAUGGAGAAUAUGAAGUCGUUUAUCGAUGUGAGGCAUCUGCUAAAGGAAAAAGAGCAAGAGCCAAAAGCUGCUAAGGUUGAAAGCGAGUUGUCCGCCAUGGCGAAGUAUUCCAACAAAUACAAAGAGACUGCUUGGCUAGAGGACCAGUUAGCUGCUAAUUCAAGACAGGAAAGCCAACCUAGGACUACUUAUGCGGAAAACAGGAACAAGCAAUUGCGGCAUGCGUUUUUGUCCGAAUCUCAAGAUUUGGUAGCAGACACCAACUGCAGCAAUUUGUCUGAAUCUAAUCUCCUGCAGUCUCGAGCACUUAGUAGUCCUGCGAAGAAAGGAGCACCCGUCUCGGGGGUCGCCUUGAGCAUGCCCCAUUCCUCAAAAUGCCCCCACCCACCUCACACUAUGAAAUUCGGCAUUGACAAGCACUUUCUGAGGGAUUCAUCAUUACAGGGAAUGGUUGCUCAACGCAAAAAACUGUUUGAAAACUGAAGAAUUUACCUACCGCCUUGCAAUUUAAAAAGGGCAUAACGUAUUAAUACUUAGUAUUUCUCUGUAGCAGGCACUCGUUCUCUGCGCACUAUUUUCAAUACUUACAAAUCUGUACAAUGACAGCUUAAACCCACCCAGUUUAUAUUGUAACUCGUUAACUACAGUCAGAUAUUACAUGAUAUAUAUUAUAUUAUAUAAUCAUAAAUCAUAAGCACACAUUUCUCAUGAUUUGCUCAUUUGUUAUUAUUAUUACAAGUUUAAGGAAUCGCUCACAUUGUAUCACGAUAAGCUACAACAAAAAGUUCAUUAUUACUCUUAUUAUUUACUAUUUUAUCAUAACAGUAAUACGCUAUUUAAAUUAACCAGUCUUGUCGUGCCCACACGGGUUUAAUUUGUAAGGAAUGUGCACAGUCCAAAAAUGGCAUUACUCCAGAAAAAUAAUAAGCAACCAUAUAUUAACAAACAUAGAGCAAAUUGAGCUGUCAGGUUUUAUUUAAUUCCAAAUGUUUAAGCACAGAAUCAAAGAAGUAUAGGGUUACCAGGCAAUUUACAUGUUACUGGAAUGGUUGUUCCAGAAAUAUAAAUGUACUUUUUACGCCACCAUUCUGAACAGAUUCAAUUGAAUGGAAAACUCGUGUUGUACAGUGUCUGCCACUGUUUUUAAAAAUUACUUACAAAAGUUUGUAUUGACCCACGAAAAUUAAUUUUCUAUUCGGAUUUUAAAAUUGUAUUUGCAGGAAUAAAAUUAAUAGUUUAAAAGGA